AUGAGUUCAGGUUUCGCGUAUCCUCAACCAAUAUUCAUAUCACCGAUCUACAAUCCUGCGUUCUAUCUGUCGUUAGACGCUAGUGGGUAUCUCACAUAUCAGUAUGCGCAAACCCUAUACCUUAGCAAGGAUGACUAUCGUCUUACAUACAUCGCGGGGAUCGUUCCCGGAGUAGCUACCGCAAGUAAAGCUCUUGUACUCGACUCUACACGAUCUUGUACCAAUAUUUACGGCAUGACCUUUGACUCUGGAGGUACGGGAAUUGACACUCCUGGUCUAAAAUUCGGAGGCAUAACUUUUGAUCAAUCGCUUUAUCUAUCGAUCACUCAGGGCGCUGCAACUGCUUCAAAAGCAGUAGUGCUCAAUGCUUCUAAAGACAUAACUGGACUAGGAUAUGUCUCUGGAGCUACUAUGAACGCUACAUCGCUUGUCAGUGGCACUGCUGCGGAUUUUGGAGCUCUGUCGAUUGGGGGGAGUCAGGUGAUAUCCUCGGCUCGUAAUUUAUUGAAUAUCGGCUCGAUAUCAGCAACCGAUCUAAUCAAAUCUGCGCGUACUACGAGCGGCCAAACUUUUUCCAGCAAUUGUGGCACAAGCGUAUGUGCUCUCUAUUCGUUUCUAAACGGAGCUCAAUAUCUUGGGACAACGUCUACCCAUGAUUUCGUUCUUCAAAGCGCCAAUCUAGAACGUAUGCGUAUUACAUCGACUGGAAACAUUACAAUAACGGGCGACCUCACAGCCUCUGGUACAAUUACCGCCGGAACCCUUGCAGGAUUUUUGUCCUACGGCAAUCAGACGGCCAUUACGACAGUAGGGCCCCUGACUGAGCUUGGUAUUAAUUGCUACAAUUCAAUUGCCUAUCUCGAGCUCAAAGGAGCUGGUACCGCAUAUCUCGAUGGAUCUUACACUAGAAUGUGUCGAUUCGUUGGUAGCAAUCUCACUCCUUGUGAGUUCCAAAUCGAGGUCCACAACGGUUCUAACGGCACGACGACCAACGCAAGCUGGAUUGGAAACAUCAGCUCAACCGAUCUCCGAUUCGGUACCGGAAACGCAACUACAAUGAUUUUAACAGCAGGAGGACGCCUUGGACUCGGCACAACUACUCCAAGCGCGCCGUUGAGCGUCGUCAAUGCUGCCAACUUCACAUUUGGUGCCGGGUCGAGCACUGUAUAUAGACUGCGGACCGACUCUGGGGUGACUGAAUCGGCGCUUGGUCCGAUUGUUUAUUCAGUAGCAGCUAAUUUUGGGGGCUACAUUGCCUGUACUGCCAUGGCAAUGACUUCGGACAGACGACUUUAA